CUUCCUGUUAACUUUAUAUUAUGGCUUUCAAGUGUGUUUCUCAAAAAGUAGCUCAAGCAAUUGACGCUGAGCUCAUGUCAGCUUCAGGUGGAUUUUCAGUUGAUCAGCUCAUGGAAUUAGCUGGUCUAAGUGUUGCCCAAGCAAUACAAAGAGCUUAUGAUAAUAACAAAAAGCCGCAUGUAUUAGUCUGCGUUGGUCCAGGCAACAACGGAGGUGAUGGUCUUGUUGCCGCAAGACAUUUGUUUCAUUUCGGAUUUAAGCCUAGUAUUUACUAUCCAAAGCAGCCUGAAAAGGAUCUUUAUCAACGACUUCUCGUUCAGUGCAAGAACUUAGAGCUACCCAUCUACAAAGAGUUCCAACCUGAUCUUUUAGAUCAAGCCGACGUCAUCCUGGACGCACUCUUUGGAUUCAGCUUCAAUGGCGAUGUACGUGACCCCUACAAGGAGGUUGUCAAGCAAUUUGGGUCAACCAAAACACCUAUUGUCUCGGUCGAUAUUCCUUCUGGAUGGAACGUGGAAACAGGCCCCACAGAGCAGGUCCAGUUCCAGCCCGAGGUACUCGUUUCCCUUACUGCGCCCAAACCUUGUUCCUCUUACUUCAAAGGCAAGCACCACUUCCUCGGAGGUCGAUUCGUUCCACCUUCGAUUGCGAAAAAAUUCGAUUUUGAUGUUCCAGACUUUACUGCUGGUGAUCAAGUUGUCGAGUUAAAAUAGCAUAAUCUACUCAAUAAAAAGCCUUGUACGAUCCUUUUCAUAAAAUAUAGUAGAAAUGGAUGUUACGACUGUAUCUGACGGCUGUCUGGGAGGUAGGCCUAGUAUACACUUGUGGCUCAUUCGUUCGCACGUCAUUGAACGCCUUCUUAUGUAUAAUGGAUUAUACUUCUUCGAGGUCCCACAAGGUAUGUUAGCUCUUGGUCGAUCAUUUACUCAAUUUGCUUUGAAUUAGACCAAGUUACAUCUCCUUCCUUACUUUCAAUAACACUGUAACUCAACACGUCAUAUUGUCUAAUAUUGACUUAUUCAUGUGCAACCAACUAGAAAGCAGUGUUUCACUCUUGUUUUCUAAACUGUCCAACAGACUAAUAACAAUGAGCUUUGAUACAUUGUCUUGAAUUUAAUAUGGUUAUUCUUCCAUUACUUAAGAUUAGGGUUUCUAGGAAAAGAUUUAAUCUUGCCAGUGCUAUUGUUUAUACUUCUAUUAUGCUGUGAGCGAC